AUGUCCACCCCUCCGUUGGCCGCGUCAGGGAUGGCGCCCGGGCCCUUCGCUGGGCCCCAGGCUCAGCAGGCCGCCCGGGAGGUGAACACGGCGUCACUGUGCCGCAUCGGGCAGGAGACGGUGCAGGACAUUGUGUACCGCACCAUGGAGAUCUUCCAGCUCCUCAGGAAUAUGCAGCUGCCAAAUGGUGUCACUUACCACACUGGAACGUAUCAAGACCGGUUAACGAAGCUACAAGAUAAUCUUCGCCAACUUUCAGUUCUCUUCAGGAAGCUGAGAUUGGUAUAUGACAAGUGCAAUGAAAACUGUGGAGGGAUGGAUCCCAUUCCAGUAGAGCAACUUAUUCCAUAUGUGGAAGAAGAUGGCUCAAAGAAUGAUGAUCGGGCUGGCCCACCUCGUUUUGCCAGUGAGGAGAGGCGAGAAAUUGCUGAAGUAAAUAAGAAACUCAAACAGAAGAAUCAACAGCUGAAGCAAAUUAUGGAUCAAUUACGAAAUCUCAUCUGGGAUAUAAAUGCCAUGUUGGCAAUGAGGAACUAAGCUGAUAUUUAAAUUUCCUGCUUUACACAUGUUGCACCGUUGUUUUUUCCCUCAAGUAUUUUUUCCCUGUGAAGAUUAUUUAUCUGCUUUUAUUUUAGUCACUAAAACUAAAGUUCCUAUUUUUACAUUAAAAUAUUCAUUAACUGUUUUUUUUAAUGCUAUUGAUUUUAUGAAAGAUUAUUGUAAUAAACUUUGAUGGGGUUUGUAUUUUGGUUCAUCUUCAUGAAUUGAAUAAUUGUUUUUUAAAAGGCAAAAUAAAGUUUUAAAAUAAAU